AUGAACUCCGACACGAUGCCACCCACGUCAGGUGUCCCAGCUUCCGAGGUGGACCUAAUACGGAAGGAGAGUGAGAGUGGCCCCUUUCCUGACCAGCUCGACGAUGAUAUCGAGCGCUCGGGCGGAAAUGACGAUGCCCAUAUCCUGAAUACGACGGUCACGAGCUUCGUCUGGCGCGAGAUCACGGUUACGGUGAAGGACACCAAGACCGGAGAGCCCAAGGCUAUUCUUGAUAAAAUCGAAGGCGUUGUCCGAGCUGGAGAGGUAUGCGCCCUAAUGGGUCCGAGUGGAUCUGGAAAAAGCACACUUCUAAACGUCCUCGCUCAUCGAGAGGCAUCGUCUGGAGCACGAGUGGAGGGAGUCACUCUGGUCAAUGGAGCCAGCCCGUCGACCACCGCAUUCCGACGAUUAAGCUGCUAUGUCGAACAAGAAGAUGCCCUCAUUGGAUCCUUGACAGUCCGAGAGACUUUACAUUUCGCAGCCCGCCUCGCUCAUAAGAACUCCCUUACCAAGACUGAACGAAUCAAGCGGAUUGAUGCCUUGAUCGAGUCUUUCGGCCUGCGCCACCAACAACACACCUUGAUAGGAACACCGAUUCGGAAAGGUAUCUCUGGGGGCCAAAAGCGUCGCCUGUCCGUCGCGGCGCAGCUCAUCACCGCACCCAAGAUCUUGUUUCUGGACGAGCCAACAAGUGGUCUUGACUCCGCUGCCAGCUUCGAAGUCAUAUCAUACAUCAAGAAUGUGGCGAAGAGAAAUAACUUGAUUGUCAUUGCUAGCAUUCAUCAGCCGUCAACAAAAACCUUCGAGACGUUUGACAAACUGCUUCUCCUAUCCGGUGGCAAGCCUUUCUACUUUGGUUCAGUCGAGGGUGUCGAGCCUCACUUCCAUUCUUUAGGUCGCUCGAUUCCAACCCGUACCAACCCUGCGGAGUUCCUCCUUGACAUGAUGAAUGUAGACUUUGCGAGUGACCAGGAUUCAGCUCAAGAAAAGCUCCUCCAGGUGCAAUAUGAGUGGACCAUAUCACCAAAGGCUCGCGACGUUGCAGCCCAAAUCCAAGCCAUUUCAAGCCUCGAACAGUCGCCUACUUCGCCAGGAUCGUCGAGCAAGAGCUUCCACACGAUUGUCAUGACAUUGGUCCAUCGUGCUUUCAUUAAGAGCUACAGAGAUGUAGUAGCCUACGGCAUUCGCAUUGCCAUGUACGCUGGUCUCGCCAUUAUGAUGGGUACAGUCUGGCUUCGACUCGAAGAGGAGCAGGACGACAUCCAGCCUUUCAUCAAUGCGAUAUUCUUUGGCUGUGCCUUCAUGUCUUUCAUGGCCGUGGCUUACGUCCCCAGCUUUCUCGAGGACCGCCUGACUUUCAAGAAGGAGCGGGAGAAUGGUCUCUAUGGUCCGGCGGCGUUCAUGCUCUCUAACUUCAUCAUCGGUCUGCCUUACCUCUUCUUGAUUUCGGUACUCUUCUCAGUCAUCGCAUACUGGCUUUCGGGUUUCCAUUCAACCGCCGAGGCUUUUUUCAUGUGGAUCAUGUGGCUCUUCCUUGACCUAGUCGCCGCCGAAUCCCUCGUCGUCCUGGUAUCUACGAUUGCUCCUGUCUUCGUGAUCUCCUUGGCUGUGACCGCCUUUGCCAAUGGCUUGUGGAUGUCUGUCGGUGGAUUCCUAGUCCCGCCAAAGACACUGAAUGCGUUCUGGAAAUAUGUCUUCCAUUACAUCGACUACCAGACGUACGUCUUUCAGGGAAUGAUGGUCAACGAAUUCAAGGAUCGCUCCUACAGCUGUGGCGAUGGUUGCUAUUGUAUGUAUCAGACCGAGCUCGCAUCCGAGUGUCGUAUUUCUGGAACGGGUGUCUUGGACCAGUAUGGCUACAAGACUGGCCGAACCGGAAGGUGGGUGGGUAUUCUUCUAGCCAUCAUCCUCGGAUAUAGGGUCUUGGGCUUAUUGGCGAUGUACAUUCGCAAGUAA